AUGGAUUUUUCAUUUUAUAUUAUUUUCUUUUUACUUGCAAUCAUUGGUUUUUCAUUUGGUUUCAUUUAUAUAUGUUUAGCCAAAAUUGAAAAAUUACAUCAACAACAAGACAUCACCGAUAAAGAAAAAAAUUAUAGAUUUCAAAUAUCAAAUUUAAAAUAUGAAAUUUAUAAAUUAGAAUUAGAGAAAAAAAUUAACCAAGACCAACUUUCAAUCCAAUCUCAACAACAAGCAGCCAUUGAACAAAAAAAUAAAAUUGAGAGUGAAAAAUUAAUAAACUUAUUGGGACUUCAAUCAAAUGAAAUUAAUCAAUUAAGAAGUUUAUUAAACCAACAAUCAUUUAGAAGUUAUGAUUGUAAUCAAAAUAAUUUAGUCCAAGAAAGAAAUUCACUCCAAGCUAAAUUGGAUUUUCAAAUUGGCAAAUCAGUUCAAAUGGAAGAACAAUUAUUAGAAAAAGAUCGUUUGGUAAAUUGUCAAAACGAUCAUAUCCAAAAACUUGAAAUAAUCCUUGCAUCCAACGAACAAGUAUUAUCUCAACUCUCAUUUGAAAAUAAAAAAUUAUUGGAGAGAUUAAAUAAUAAAGAUGGUCAAGAAGAAUCAAUUAAAGUCAAGGUUCUAGAAAGUGAACAUUUAGAAAAAGAAAGGGAUAACGAAUGUACAAUAUGUUAUUCCCAAAUGAAGACAAUAGAUGUCUCAUUCUUAGGUUGCGGUCAUAAAUAUUGUUUUGAAUGUAUAUUAAAAUGGUCCAAACAUUGCAAUAUUUGCCCAGAAUGCAAAGAAAGAUUCAAUAUUAUAAAUAGGGGAAAUAAUGUUGAAGGGGUACCAAAUAAUGUAUAUGUUGGUUGGAAGGACCAAGACCAUGAACCAUAUGAUGAUGAAGAAGAUUUAGAAGAUGUUAAAUUAUAUCUUGGUUCCUAUUAG